UCAAAAUUCAUUCCUGAUACACCAAGAUUAGUUAGAAUUAAAUACUUAACCUCCCCAAUCAAAACCCUUUUUCUCUGAGUAAGCUUUAAGUUGAAUUAGGACCCCAGAAAAACAAAAUCAGAGGAAAUUAUAAAAACAAGAGAAAACACAGAAAAGAAAUAAGCAAUCAAAUUGUCAGGCCACAGAAGCAAGCAGCUUUAUCUUGUUUCUUUUUAUGAGCUCUCUUCCAACCGCUUUCAUGGUAAUGAUUCAUUCUAUUGCCCCCUGUUUCUAUUUUCAUCCUCAGUCAGUCCCUCUCUAAGCUAAAAACUCUUUUCUCAAGAGGCAUCAAAACCAAAACAAAACAAAACCAUUGAAAACCUCACAAAAAGCUUUCAAAUUUUCCUUUCUCUAUCUCUGUGUAUGUAAAAUCUUUGUUUUUCUCAGACGUGGUGCAGAAAGUUGUGUGUCUCAGAUCCCGAUAUACGGCUCUCCACGGCAUCUUUCUUACACCAUUAACGAUAAAACUGUCAAAGCUAUCAAGUUUGCAACUUUCUCUCCUUCUCUCUCCCCCUUUCUCUCUCUCUCUCUCUCACACUGGCAUACACCAUAAUGGCAUAAAAAUCCAUUCUCAAACACAAGGGGUCUCUACUUUCUUUGUGGUCCUCAAAACCCAACUCUCACUUGCCCUUUUGAAAUCAUAGCUUCCUCAAACAAAACCCAUUUCUCCAAAUCACAAACUGGUUUAAAUUUGGCCCUCUAGAAAAUGCAAGAAUCUGGUUUGGGCAUGAUGGGUGGUGGAGGUUUAAGCAGCGGCGAUGGUCAUCAUGAGCACCAUAAUCGCCAACUCAAGGCUGAGAUAGCCACACACCCUCUCUAUGAGCAGCUUCUGUCUGCCCACGUGUCAUGCCUCCGAGUGGCCACGCCAAUCGAUCAGCUGCCACUCAUAGACGCGCAGCUCUCUCAGUCACACCAUCUGCUGCGCUCUUAUGCCUCUCAGCAGCAGCAUGGCCACUCAGUCUCUCCCCAUGAGCGCCAAGAGCUUGAUAACUUCUUGGCACAAUAUUUGAUCGUUCUGUGCUCUUUCAAAGAACAACUUCAGCAACAUGUCAGAGUCCAUGCCGUGGAAGCUGUCAUGGCCUGCCGUGAAAUUGAAAGCAACUUGCAGGCUCUCACUGGAGUAAGUCUGGGUGAAGGUUCAGGUGCAACAAUGUCAGAUGAUGAGGAUGACAUGCAGAUGGAUUUCUCUUUGGAUCAAUCCGGCGGCGAAGGGCAUGACAUGAUGGGAUUUGGCCCCCUACUCCCAACUGAAUCGGAGAGAUCGCUAAUGGAAAGAGUUCGCCAGGAAUUGAAGAUUGAGCUGAAGCAGGGCUUUAAGUCAAGAAUUGAAGAUGUGAGGGAGGAGAUUUUAAGAAAAAGAAGGGCAGGCAAACUUCCUGGUGACACAACUACAGUGUUGAAGAAUUGGUGGCAGCAACACUCAAAGUGGCCCUACCCAACUGAAGAUGACAAGGCAAAACUUGUGGAGGAAACAGGGCUGCAGCUCAAGCAAAUAAACAACUGGUUCAUCAAUCAAAGGAAGCGGAACUGGCACAGCAACUCUCAAUCAGUGACCUCUUUAAAGUCGAAGCGCAAAAGAUAGACGAACUGAUCGAUCUUGUUUGUUAACUGGAGAAACAGUAAAUGAUGAACUCACGUUUAUGUCUGAUAUAUGGCUGUUUUGUGACCUUGGCGGAGUAUACAUAGGAUCUACCCAAUACUUUUGAAAAGCAUUGAAGGGAUUAGAUGUUUGCAAAACUCAGCUACAGAGAGUAACAACUGGCCAACUAAUAGCUUACCAUGUGGGGUUGUAUAAAUUCAUGUUUUCAAUAGGGUAAUGGUACUUGAUUGAUCUUUAUGUAUUAUAUUUCAUUUACUUCUGAGUUGCUUCCCAUUACCA